AGCUCCUAUUUGCCAUGGAGCAAUGGCCCGCGAACGUAGCUUUAGCCCAAAGGCCCUGGAUAGCAACCGGAAACUCAGUGGCCGGACUAAAGUCCCCCAACUUUUAUGUGCGAACGGGAAUACACGCUUAUCUUAUGUCUUAUUACAGCAGGGAUGACCGUACAGUGGUGAUGCUAAAGAGCGAGGAAAAGCGCCUCAUGGUAGCUUACUGCUACAUGGCACACGACAGGCCCGCACCACCUGAAGAUCUUAGGAACUUACAACUUAGGUGGCAAAAGCUGGCUCCAACGAUCAGCAACUUCUCAUUGAUAUGGACGCUGGUGCCCACCACAGUGUGUGGGAAAGACUCGACAUCAAUUACAGAGAAGAUCCAAUCUUUCCCAGCGAAGCCGUAAUGCAAUUAGGCAACGGAAUAGCUCUGAAACACAAGAACAGCGCCGCGUUAAUAUGGAGCAAAGAAGGGUCUUAAUUCGUGCUUCUCAAACACAAGAGCAAAGAGAGAGAAAUCGUCGAGCUUAUCGUACAGAAGAACAGAUGAAAAAUCUUCGAAAUGCAAAAAGAAAUGGUUUGAAUCGAGCAGCGUUUCUGUAUGA